AACCAACAAAAUUUCGCGACACAGCGCCGCAUCCUGCCUUCCCCAGUCUAUUCAGAAGACCUGCAACAAGCCCGAUGCGCACAAUCCUUCUCCCCAUCGGCCCGCCCGGAGCAGGCAAAUCUACAUUAUGCAACGGCUUACAACAAUUCAUGCGAGCGAUCGCUCGACCUUGCUCAAUCGGGAACUUGGAUCCAGCGAACGAUAAUAUCCCAUAUGAAGCCGCUUUCGAUGUGCGAGAUCUUGUUUCUGUCGAUGAAGUUAUGGAACGCGAGGAACUGGGUCCAAAUGGUGGGGUGUUGUGGGCGAUGGAGGAAAUUGAGGUUAACGUGGAUUGGUUGGAGAGGGAGUUGGAGAGGUGUGAAGAGACAAUCGUUCUCGAUCCUCCCGGUCAGCCUGAACUCACCAUCCACCACCAAUCACUGCCAAAGAUCUUGCACAGACUUGAGAAACUUGACUAUCGGAUAGUCGUCAUCCAACUCCUCGACUCAAUCGUACUUACAAGACCAUCAUUAUACCUAAGUUCUCUCCUUCUCUGCCUCCGAGGACCACUUCAUCUCCCAUACCCCAUCGUCAACGUUCUUACCAAGAUUGACAACCUCAAAGCCGUGGGCGGUGCAGACUUACCCUUCAGCUUGGACUUCUACACAGAAUGUCAAUAUCUCGAACACCUUCUUCCAGAGCUCUCCAAAGAACAAGCCGGAACACCAGGCGGCGCGUCCGGAAAAUGGGACGAUCUGAACAAAGCUCUCAUCAGCCUGAUCGAGGAUUACGGACUCAUGGGCUUCGAAACCUUAGCCGUAGAAGACCGGCAAAGUAUGGCUGCGCUAUUGCGAGCGAUCGAUCGUGCAAGCGGAUAUGUCUUCGCGGGGGCGAGAGGUAGAGAUGAGAAUGGGAAGACGUUGAACGAUGAAGCGAGUAUUUGGGCUCAGGCGAUGAGUCAGAGUUAUGGGCAGAUGGACGUGAGGGAUGUGCAGGAACGCUGGAUUGAUCGAAAAGAGGAGUAUGAUGAGGCUGAGAAAAAGAUGUGGGAGGAGGAAGCUAGGUUAGCGGGUGCAUUGCCUGAGGCGCCGGCCGCAAAGGUGCAGAGGAAGGAGGCGGCAGGAGAGACAGACGAUGGCGAAGACGAGUUGCUGGAGGAGCAGAGGCGUUGGCAAGAGCAGCAGGCUAAAGGAGCGGGAAGUGCUGGUGGAACCAAGGUGAAGAGGAUGCCGUAACGUGACUCGCUACGCCGCUAUGGCGAUGUUAUUCCGAUGGUGCCGCCGCAAAAUAAUGCACGUUCCACUGCUCACAAUGGGAUAAAGAUUGUCUCGGGUGAGUCUCUGCGAGGCAUUAACUAGGAAGGCCAAAGUCGAUGCCACGGAAGUCGUCCCAUACACGGAGACACAGGAGGUGAUGCGGUAUUGCGGUCACCUACAGGAGUGAAGCCAGGAAACCCAUAGCAUAUUUGCCAAGGCUCUACGACAAACACGCCACAAUCGCUGCGAUUGCGGCCAAGGUCCCAUCCGGAUCCUCCACGUGCA